UGCUAUCUCGCCUCUUGCCGCCACUAUAUAUUCCGAGCCGUCCACCACUUCGACGCUUCACGCAGCUAGGGUUUUCGCGCCGCCGCCGUCGCCGCCGCAACGAUGCCGUCGCACAAGACCUUCCGGAUCAAGAAGAAGCUGGCGAAGAAGAUGCGCCAGAACCGCCCCAUCCCCUACUGGAUCCGCAUGCGCACCGACAACACCAUCAGGUACAACGCGAAGCGCAGGCACUGGCGCCGCACCAAGCUCGGGUUCUGAGCGUGGGGAGGGACCGCCUGCUGUGUCGGGAAACUAUGGUUUAAGAACUACCUGUCUUUCGUUUUAUGGAUGUUUCAGUGUUUCUGCAAGCUAGGAAGUGAUUCCAGGAUGCUUUUAUUAAGAUUUUGGUGAUAUUAAGAGAGUUCGUAGUACUCUUGUGUACUCAGGAUACCAUGCUGCAUUGCUAUGCUAAGUAAAGAACACUUGUUACUUUA